AUGGGGUUGGGAUCUUUUGUCACAGAUUCAGUGCCAUUGUUCAGCAGGACUGAAAAGAGUGAAAAGAAUGGACCAGGCUCUGCUUCCAAAGAAAGAAUGGAGGAUAUGGGAGAUAAUAACCCGGGAAACCUUACUACAAGAGCUCAAGAAGGUGAGCUUGGUAGCAGCACCGUUUGUGGCGGUGGCAUUGUCACAGUACCUUUUGCAGGUUGUAUCUGUGAAGAUGGCUGGACACCCUGGUUAAUGCAUCAUGUUCAUUACCAUCCUCAUAUUGAUUCUCAAAACAGAACCAAGUUAGAUCCAUUGUUCUAUUGGGGACUUUGUGGUGCACUGGACAGUCUAAAUGGACAAGCCUAUGGAGCAAAGCAAUAUCAUAAGAUAGGAAGCUGCACUUAUUGUGCGUUGAUCUCUACCCUUCACUUUGUCUCCGUGUGCCUCGUUUGGAUGUACACGGAUAAAAUCUUAGUGCUGGUAGGCCAAGACGCUCACGUGGCAGUGAUAGCUUGUAGAUACUCAAUGUGGCUUAUAGCUUCACUAUCUGCCUACGCCAUUCUUCAAUCACAAGUUCGUUUCUUACAAUCUCAGAGUUUGGUUCUUCCAAUUUUUUUCAUCUCGCUUGCAACUCUGUGUUUCCAUGUACCCGUUUGUUGGGUUUUGGUAUUUAAAUCCGGAUUAGGAAAUACAGGAGCAGCGUUGGCUAUCAGUUUCUCUUAUUGGUUAAACGUAAUCUUGCUCGGAUUUUACAUGAGAUACUCAUCUUCAUGUGAGAGAACCCGCAUUCCAUACUUGAAGGAUGUUUUUCCGAUUGUCAAGAAGUUUUUUCAAUUCGCUAUUCCUUCUGAUGUAAUGGCUUGCCUUGAAUGGUGGUCUUUUGAGAUUAUUGUAUUAAUAUCUGGUCUGCUGCCAAAUUCCGACCUUUCAAGCUCCUCAUUGCAUUACAACAUACCAUUUGGGAUCAGUGUAGCUGCGAGGUUUGAUCUACGCCUUUUCUUCAUCGCAAGCAUGACACUUUUCUGUUGCCGCCAUGUCUUCGCAUAUGCUUACAGCAAUGAAAAGGAUGUUGUAACUAAAGUCACACAAAUACUUCCUCUAGUGUUCCUCUCACUGACUAUGGAUGGAAUUGUCAGAGGAAUUGGCUGGCAACAUAUUGGAGCUUAUGCCAAUCUUACGGCAUGUUAUCUCUUUGGAAUUCCAGCAGGGGUUUUAUGUGGGCUUAUUAUGCAUUUAAGAGGACAAGGCCUAUGGGUUGGAAUGUUGACACGGUCUAGUGUUCAAGGGAUUCUUCUUGCUCUUGUGAUUGCUUUUACAAAUUGGAAGAAGCAGGCAAUGAAGGCAAGGGAGAGAAUAUUUCAGGGAACAUCUGCAGGUGAGAAUGGGUUGUUCCGAAAAAGCUACAAACUAGAUUGGGGCUGA